UCUGCGUGUUACACUCUGUUAACCACAGAAGCCCUAAGUCCUCCUAUAACUAACCCAGACCUGCGAUUCCUCGGCCCUCACAGUCCCUUCCCCUCUAAGAAGCCAGCACUCGUGUGCGGAGCGAUGGAGCAGCGCAGCAGCCAUCUGGAGGACUUCCCUAUCAAUGUGUUUUCUGUCACUCCUUACACACCCAGUACCGCUGACAUCCAGGUGUCCGAUGACGACAAGGCGGGGGCCACCUUGCUCUUCUCAGGCAUCUUUCUGGGACUGGUGGGGAUCACGUUCACCGUCAUGGGCUGGAUCAAAUACCAAGGUGUCUCCCACUUUGAAUGGACCCAGCUGCUCGGGCCCAUCCUGCUGUCCGUCGGGGGGACGUUCAUCCUGAUUGCUGUGUGCAAGUUCAAAAUGCUGUCCUGCCAGUUGUGCAAAGAAAGCGAGGAAAGGGUCCUGGACUCGGAACAGACACCGGGAGGACAAUCGUUUGUUUUCACUGGCAUCAACCAGCCCAUCACCUUCCAUGGGGCCACUGUGGUGCAGUAUAUCCCUCCUCCUUAUGGUUCUCAAGAGCCGCUGGGGACGAACCCCCCGUACCUGCAGCCCGUGGUGGGUCCCUGUGGUCUCAUACCCACUGGAGGGGCAGCGGCCGCCACGCCGAGUCCUCCUCAGUACUACACCAUCUACCCUCAAGGGAACGCCGCGUUUGUGGAGGACGAGGACUGCCCUUCUUCCGUGGACGGUGGGAACGGCAGGCCCAGCCCUGAUGCUGAUCAGCUGCCAGAGUCCCAGCUGGAAGAGGAGGCCUGUGCCUGCUCCGCUCCUCCCCCCUAUGAGGAAAUAUACAACCUCCGUCGCUAGUGACUAAUGCCAAGCGAGCAAGCGUUUAAGUCACUGUUACCUGACAACCUGGAUUUCUACACUGUGACCUUCCAAAGUUAGGCAGCAGAGCAGCCCAGGCAGCCUGGGGGGAAGGGAAAGUGUCUCAGAUUGGUAAAAAUUAGGCUGGGUUGGGAAAAUUCUCCUCUGGUACAGUUUCAGCUUCCCUCGGGUAAGAAAUCUCCUCCCGCAUAAGGUCCAGGAGCAGGACUUUCACCUGUUUAUGCUCCUCCCACUCCCUUCCCUAAUGAAAGGCACUGGGGUCUCAAUUCUAACUUCAGGCUGGGAGCUGUGGCUCAUGCCUGUAAUCCCAGCACUUUGGGAGGCUGAAGCGGGAGGAUCUCUUGAGGCCAGGAGUUUGAGACCAGCCUGGGCAACAUAGCAAGACCUUGUCUCUACAAAAAAAAAAAAAAAAAGAAAAAUCUAACUCCAGCAACUAAGGGAAAAAUCACUAGUUCUGAGACUUUGGGAGUCUGCACAGGGGUGAGAGUGGAGGUGGGAAGGAAGCAGGAAGCCAAACAGGUUCCACUGCAGGUUUCUCAGUGGCUGUCUUUGGCCCCACAGUAGACUCAUACAGCCCAAACAACUUGGUUGCCAUUGGGUCUGUCUUGAGAACUCUGGGUAUCUUUAAGGCUGCAAAUAAAUAAAUAAAUAAAUACAAUGAAAUAAAAUAAAGAGUAUCUCCUAUUAGAGUAGUAGUGGAUAGCUGGCUAAAUUAUACAAAAUAAAUAGUAAUAGGAUAAUGAUAUGAAUAAAUCCUCAAGUUGUCACUGAGUCACGGUGACUCUUGGUGGCUGUAGCUUGAUG